AUGGAGCAAGAGGCAGUCUUCGAUGUUGGUGAAUUCGAUGAGCGCACUGUUUCACUGGACGAAACGCCACGCGACGCAAUACACUACUUGCAGCAGGUUGCUGUUUCACGUGCACGCUGUCCACAGAUUGUUACCGCUAAGUUUGUCCCGCGAAAGAGCGUUUCGUCAUCGAUUUGGCAGAAAUUCGAGUUCAAAGUAGGUGCGCCUUCGGAGUCAUCCGUAAGAAUUGUAAGUUUUAAAGCAGUUAAUUUUUAA